UUCCGUUUCAGUAUAAAUGGGACGGAGAUAGUAUUUGGGUGGAACAUGAGUGGGUUACUGGGUACUCCUCUUUGGCUGCCCUGCCCUGCUACAUCGUUGUUUUGAAAAAAAAAACUCCCACGAUUGGGUAGGUUUAACAUAAAUAAACAAAUACACCAAACUGGAGUUAGGUGAACUGCCAUCCUCAGCUCCUAGCUUCCAAGUCAAACGACACCAGUCACUGAAGGGAAUCACGUCCAGUGAACCUCUACUAGUACGCCUUUCCAUUCCAAACUCUGCCGUUAUUGACUCUGGGUUCAUCUAUGGAUCCUAGCGCUGCUCCUAGAUCCGAAAUGCUCGUCAAUUUGGCCCGUAGACUCUCCUUGUAUAAGCCUGCUCACAGUCUGGACGAACCCUCAAGCGAGAACUUGACGGGUCAAGCAGACGAUAAAGUCGCCCAAAAUGUGGGGUUGAAUUCAAAAUCUGUUACAAACCCAAUCACUAUCACCCCACCAAUGUCCAAGUCUAAAAGGGCUGCGGUUUUGAUCUGUUUGUUCGAAGGAGAAAGCGGCGAUCUUUGUGUCGUUCUUACCAAAAGAUCCUCUAAACUGUCUUCCCAUCCAGGUGAAGUUGCAUUGCCAGGAGGGAAAAUGGAAGAAGGUGAUGCCAAUGAUAUUGAAACAGCUCUAAGGGAGGCUAAGGAAGAGAUAGGCUUAGACCCCUCAAUUGUGCAUGUUAUUACUCUUCUUGAAUCAUUUACAAAUAAGAAAGGCAUGACGGUAAUUCCAGUGGUCGGCUUAGUUUGGGACAGAAGUUCAAUGAAUUUAGUUGCAAAUGCUGACGAAGUAGACUCAAUAUUUUAUGCACCCUUAGAGAUGUUUCUUAAGAAUGAAAACAGAACAGAAGAGGAGCGGGAAUGGAUGGGGAACAAGUAUCUACUGCAUUUCUUUAACCAUCAAUCAAAGGAUGAAGUUUAUAUUAUAUGGGCUCUAACCGCUGGAAUUUUAAUCAACGCCGCGACCAUUAUAUAUCAAAGACCUCCCAACUUCGAAGAAAGACGUCCAAUAUUUUGGAAGUGAAGAAGCUGCAGUUGAAAAAAAUAACCUUUUGUCCAAGCCUUUUAAUUCUUACUAUGACGAACCGCGAAUGCCACACUUGCUCAUAUGGUUAUAAGUCCGUAUUUAGACACGCAUUUGAUGUGUGUUGGGAUCGGCUUUGAUGGUUUUCCUAGCUUUAAGGUGUUACAAGUCUCAAUUUUAGCUCAAGUUAUGUUUAUCGGGCGUUGGUUCGAGUUUUGUGUUGUUUGGAGUCAAAAUCAGGAAUUUAGAGUACGGCACCGGCGGUUGAGAAGCAAUCGGGAAGAGUUGGAGAACAUUGGAGAGAGAUUUGAGAGUUUUGGAGGCCACCGGGAGGUUCACGGCGAAGAUUUGAUGAAGAAACGGCCUUUGGAUCAAUUAAAGAAGCAUCCGGGAACAAACCGUAAGGAAUAUGACAAGAAAACGGUCCAAGAGCAUUCCGCGCGCCCCGCGGUGCGGUUCCGCACGCCCCGCGGACGAUUCUGAGAGCAAAUAGUUGAGGGGUCUGAACCGCACACCGCGCGGCCGAAACCGCACACCGCGCGGCCGAAACCGCACACCGCGCGGUCCAGAAAUAGCCCCCAGAAGUACCCGCGCAAGUUGCAUAGUGCGGCGCCCGCACACCGCGCGGGCGGAGCGAAAGUCGAAAGACGGAAAAACGCGCGCGUGACCGCGCGGUGACCCGCACGGCGUGCGGACGACCGUGCGGCCUGAUUUUCGGCCUUUUUUUCGGAUUUUUCUAUAAAUAGACCCCUGUUUUGCCUGUUUUUGGGGGAUGAGCUUAGAGAGAUAAACCCUAUUUCGAUUUUUGAGAGCUUUUCAAGCCUUGUUCUUCAAGAUUAAGGGAUUCUUUGUAAGUUCUAUCUUUUUAAUUAAUGACAAUUAAUUCUUUUUA